UAGUCAUUCCCCCUUGCAGGAUCCCAACCUGCAGUGUGGGACUAUCACUUAUUGUCCUAUAGUACUAAAGCAGACCAAGUAUGUGCUCCGGAAGGGGAGCCAGAAUGGUGUUCUUGACUCUGCUCUGUCUGCUGUUACUCCUAUCUGGCUUCGGUACUCUAAUGAGAUAUCCAUCGGCCGAGCAGUUUGAUUAUUCGAGCAGACAAAGAGACGUGGUUUCACAUACUCUUUCUCCUGGUGUCUCAGUGAAAGGUCGACCUCGUCGGUCAACUCCGAUGCCUGAUGUCACACAUUUGGAACUACUGGUAGUUGUUGGACCUGAUGUCCAGCAGGUCCACAAGCAGGAUACAGAACGCUACAUACUCACCAACCUCAACAUUGCCUCAGAACUGUUGAGAGACAUGACUUUGGGCGCCAACAUGAGGGUACACCUAGUUCGCAUGAUCAUCCUGUCAGAACCAGAGUCGGAGAUCCAAAUGUCAACAAACAUCACCUCUUCUCUCCGAAGCGUGUGCGACUGGGGCUCACGGUUAAACCCGUCGAACGACACAGACCCACUGCAUGGUGAUCUCCUCUUGUACAUUACGAGGUAUGACUUGGUGUUGCCUGAUGGAAACAAGCAGGUCAGAGGAGUUACGCAGCUGGGAGGUGCUUGUUCCAGUGAGUGGAGCUGUGUGAUCACAGAGGAUACUGGAUUUGACCUUGGGAUCACCAUUGCUCAUGAGAUUGCACACAGUUUUGGCAUCAAUCAUGAUGGUGUGGGGAAUACAUGCAGUAGGAGUGGCUUCAUGAUGGCCUCUGACGGGGGCUACAACAGUGUGGAUCUUACCUGGUCAUCCUGUAGUAGACAUCAACUGCUCACUUUUUUCAGCAAAGGGAAUGGUGAAUGUGUAAAAGACCUACCAGCUCUUGAAAGCUCCCUACAAGACUGGAAGCCUGGCCUCUAUUAUGGGGUUGAUGACCAGUGUCGAAUAGCUUUUGGAAGUCAUGCAAAAAGCUGCUCGUUUACCAAUCCAGACAUGCCAAUGUGCAGGGUUCUAUCUUGUCACACUAACCCAAAUGAUGACAGCUCUUGCAAACGUCUUCUAGUACCAUUGCUAGAUGGGACCCAAUGUGGACCUAAUCAAUGGUGUUUGAAGGGGCGCUGUGUGUCCCCAGAUCAGCUCAGCACCUCUGCAGUGAUGCAUGGCUCUUGGUCAGGCUGGUCUGGGUUCUCCCCCUGCUCACGAACGUGUGGCGGUGGAGUCACUCACCGCACACGCCAGUGCAACAACCCAAGACCUGCUUUUGGUGGAAAUGAUUGCAUGGGGAUGGGUAUUGAGGCUGAACUUUGCAACCAGCAGCCAUGUGAAAAUAGCCAGCUAGAUUUCAUGGCUGAGCAAUGUUCCAAAACAGACCUUGAUCCGCUUUUCCUUCAUCCGGACCAGGCCUCCUUCUACACCUGGAUCCCUGCAGUGGGCUUCUCACAAGGCGAUGAGCAAUGCAGAUACAUGUGCCAAUCCAAGGGAGAAGCCUUCAUUGUGAGCCGUGGAUCUCAGUUUGCUGAUGGGACACGAUGCGAGGCUGAUGGCCAACCACCUCCUGGUUCAAUAGCUGCUUGUCUGCAAGGGAAAUGUCUGAUCUUCGGCUGUGACGGUGUGUUACACUCUGGGAAAGUGAGAGACGUGUGUGGUUUGUGUGGUGGCGAGGGAUCUUCCUGCACACUGACCUCUGACUCUUACACUGGAGGUCAGGCAAAAGAGUACACCACUUUCUUGUCUGUGCCAUUAAAUGCUACACAGGUUCAUAUCAUAAACAGGGCACCUCUAUUCACUCAUAUGGCUGUCUUAUAUGGAGACCAAUAUAUUGUCUCUGGAAUGGGUGGAAUGGCUUUAAAUAUGACAUAUCCCUCCCCACUGGAUGAUAACUGCCUUGAGUACCGCCUCCAUCUGACUCCUGACCUCUUGCCUGAUAUGGAAGAGCUACUGCUGCCUGGACCAGUACAACAGCAGAUAAACAUUCAGGUUUAUCGCAAAUAUGGAAAAGAAUAUGGAGAGAAAACAAACCCCAACAUUAGAUAUCAGUUUUACGUUCCAAAUGAUCGCAGCAACAUGACAGAAAAAAAACUUGAAGGAUUAUGGAUCAUUACUACAACACCAUGUUCUGUUUCCUGUGGAUUAGGUGUGCAGAAGCAUCAAUAUGUAUGUGUCGAUAAAGAAACUACUAAUACACAUCUAGAGGAACACUAUUGUUAUGAGUCUCCUUCACCUCUACCACUGCAUAGAUCCUGUCAGCUUCCAGCCUGCCCGCCAAGCUGGAUCACGGGAAAGUUUGGAUCCUGCAGCACUUCCUGCGGUAGUGGAGAGAGGAUACGUUCUGUAACAUGUGUUCAGAAACAUGGCACUGAUGCUGAGAGAGUUCCAGAUUCGGAGUGCCCGGCUGAUUCAGCUCCGAAUGCUGUUGAAAAAUGUCAUCUUCAACCUUGUCCUGCCAGGUGGCAUGUGUCAGAGGCAGGGGACUGCUCAGCAGUGUGCGGGCCAGGAGAAGUAAAAAGAAACAUAUCCUGUGUACGGCAAGAGGACAAUGAAGAGGUUGGAGUUGAUGACAGAUUCUGCUCAAAUCAAAUAAGACCUCCUGAUUCGGUGCCCUGUGUAGUGGACGUCUGUCCAAUUGGUUGGGACGUAACGAUAGAGGAUCAGCCUGAUUUAAAGUCUGGCUUGAUAUCACGCUCCAGACAAGCUCCUGUGUUUGUGUGGAGUCCAGUUGUCACUCAGUGCUCCAAGACAUGUGGCAAUGGAUCAAUGCAAGUAUGGUUCUCCUGUGCGGACCAUCACACCAGAUGGCUGGUACCUGAUUUCCACUGUGACUCUUCAACCAAACCUCCUCCUAAAUCCGAGAAUUGUCAUACACUCCCUUGCCCUCCUAUGUGGCGAUCUAAGAUCGGCAUUUGCAGUACAACAUGUGGCGGAGGGGUUGCCAACACAGUGCUGUACUGUGCUCAGGAAAUCGACGGGGAGGAGAAGGUGCUGGACAAUUCUGAGUGCAGUGACUUUCCAAAACCCACAGCAGUGGUGUCAUGUAACACCCACAACUGUCCGGCAAGGUGGAGGGUUCAGAGUAUGUCACCCUGCUCUGUGUCUUGUAAUCUGGGUGUAGCUCACAGGAAUGUCUCCUGUGUCCAGUUUGUUCAAGGCAAAGAAAGUGUGGUGCUGGAUGACAGAUGUCAUGCAUCAGUCAAACCUGCUACCACGGUGCCCUGCCUGGUGCAGGUGUGCACCUUUAGGUGGGAAGCAAAGCCAUGGAGCCAGUGUUCAGUGUCCUGUGGCUAUGGCAUUCAGUCCAGGACAGUGUCAUGCAUGGGCCCGUCUCAGCCGGAACCCCUCAGCCCACUUUUAUGCAUGCACAUGCCCAAGCCCAUUACCAUCCAGGGCUGCAGCAAGGAUAUCUGCACGCAUGUGCCACCUACCUCAAUAGUCACUCCAGCUAUGCAUCCUGCAUUCGAGGAGGAUUCUCGCCUGUCUCAUACUCCAUAUAGAAUAACAAAACAGUACCGUAUGGGCAAUCUUCCUCUAAGUCUACCCUGGACAGUCACCAUGUUGCAGUCCACCGCAACCACUGGUCCUUCAACUAAACCCAAUGCCUGUGGAGAGCUGCUCCUCGAAGAAACAGGUAGAGUUGACCUGCGCAAUAUUAUUGGUCCCUGCAUGGUGGCCAUUGGCCGACCGCUGGAUGAGGUCAUUCACAUCAAAGUCGAGUCAAGUUCCUUAAAUUGCAGAAAGAGUGAAUAUGCUUUGUUUUUUGACCGACUGGCACUCGUGAGGAAGUGCGACCAGGCGGCUGGUAGCUCACUGACCACCAGAACCAACGUCCUUCUCGUGCGGCAGAAUUUGCUCACUUCGGGGAAUGGCAUUGUGUUCACCUACAGCUCACAGAGAAACAUGAAAAAGAGCCACCGUCAAAAUUGUGACAAGCAGCUGUUUUCCUCCAGCGGGGUAUUUGAGAAUCCAAUAACUUCUGAUACUAACCAUACCUGUCGGGUGCUUAUCAAUGCCCCUCCCUCAGUGAAGAUAAGAAUCCAAGCAGUGCACAUAGGAUUGGAACUCAAUGCCACAAAUUCACAGUCUUCAUACAUUAUGAUCCGGGACUUGGAUAUGCUGAAGACCAAUGUAUUUAAAGGCUCACAGCUGUUUCAAUGGCACUCCUCUGGAAAUAUGGCCGAGGUUGAAUUCCAUGGAGAUUACCUGCACACCCCGGGAAGCUUCAGAGCGGAAUAUUCCUUUGUACAACGAGGAACUUUUUCGGCUUCUUAAUGAAUAGAAUUAUUUUUCUUUUUUACAAGAUAUUUCGGAUAUAGCCAAUGUACCGUAAUUGUUGUUGUGAAACAAGUAAAUAUGAGCAAGCAUUCAGAAUGUUAGCGUUAAGAUUUUAAAUUUAAAAAGUACAGGUGCAAUUUCAGUUCAUAAUGUUUAUAUAUAUAUAUAUAGACAUUCAACACCAUGUAACAAAAUAUAUCAUUUUUAUCAGA